CCUUCAUCUCUCAGCAGAGCUCGACAGGCUGUGCAGCAUCACAGACCAGCUCUGCCACUUGGUGUGAUCCUCCUGCUCCUUCUGCUGCUGCUGCUGCUGCUCUCCACCGACCGCACACGAGACCAGGGAAAAAGUUCAGAGGUUGAAAAAAACCAAAACCCAGCUCCGGGUUAAAAGCUGCCCGUGUGAGGACUGAUUUCAUACCUAACCGCACCAGCGCUACGUGGAGGUUGACAUGCCCUGGACCAGGCCGCAGGUGGACCCCCAUGCUGGCGGAGCAGAGGCCAUUGACCAGUACAGCGCGGACGACCACCACUACGAGGGCUCGCUGUUCCCCACCUCCACGCUCAUCCCCGUCACUGUCAUCUGCAUCCUGAUCUUCAUCGUCGGGGUGACGGGCAACACCAUGACCAUCCUCAUCAUCAAGCACUUCAAGGACAUGAAGACCACCACCAACCUCUACCUGUCCAGCAUGGCCGUGUCGGACCUCAUCAUCUUCCUCUGCCUGCCCUUUGACCUCUACCGCCUGUGGAAGUAUGUGCCCUGGCUGUUCGGGGAGGCGGUGUGCCGCUUCUACCACUACAUCUUCGAGGGCUGCACCUCGGCCACCAUCCUCCACAUCACGGCCCUGAGCAUCGAGCGCUACCUGGCCAUCAGUUUCCCCCUCAAGAGCAAGGUGGUGGUGACCAGACGCAGGGUCCAGUACAUCAUCCUGGCGCUGUGGGCUUUCGCCCUGGUCUCUGCGGCGCCCACACUCUUCCUGGUCGGGGUGGAGUAUGACAACGACACACACCCGGACUACAACACGGGGCAGUGCAAGCACACCAGCUACGCCAUCAGCUCUGGGCAGCUGCACAUCAUGCUCUGGGUUUCCACCACCUACUUCUUCUGCCCGAUGCUCUGCCUCAUCUUCCUCUACGGCUCCAUCGGAUGCAAGUUGUGGAAAAGCAAAAAUGACCUGCAGGGCCUCUGCGCUCUGUCCCGGGAAAGAUCACACAGGCAAACAGUCAAGAUACUGGUGGUGGUGGUGCUGGCCUUCAUCAUCUGCUGGCUGCCGUACCACAUCGGCCGGAACCUCUUCGCCCAGGUGGACGACUACGAGACGGCCAAGCUCAGCCAGAACUUCAACAUGGCCUCCAUGGUGCUCUGCUACCUCAGCGCCUCCAUCAACCCCGUCGUCUACAACCUCAUGUCCCGGAAGUACAGGGCCGCGGCCAAGCGCCUCUUCCUGCUGCACCAGCGGCCCGGACAAGCCCGCCGCGGCCAGAGACAGCUGUGCGUGACGGACCACAUCUCCACCCUGAACGAGAGCCUGACUGGGGUCUGAGACACACUGAGCAUCGUUGUUUCUGUUGUUGUUGUUGUUGUUGUUGUUGUUGUUUAUUUUUAUUUUUAUUUUUUUAACCUCUUCACCAAGGGAGAAUUCACAGGCUUCAGCGGUUGCAGCUAAAGAGGAACCGUGUCCUAAAGAGAAACAACUGUUCCAUUCUGUCUUCGGUCCAGUGGCAUUUUGUUCUCGGGGACUGAGUGAUGGUUUUCAACCGCGUCACGUAUAAUCAAGAAAAUAUGAAUGCAUCGGAGCAGCAAAAAACAAAAGUCCUAUGUAUUGUCCUUGGCAUUUACCUCUACAUCGUGUGCUAUAGCUACAUGUUUUUGUCUGCACUUGUAGAACGCGUGCACCGUCUCUGUUACCAACAAUUACCAAACACAGCACUGAUUGACGAGUGAUUCGUCCUUCGUUGCUGACGGAUGACGUUUCGCCACAUUUGACCGUUCAUUUGUAAUGUCUAAUUGUGGCCUCGCCUUCUUUCUGUCGUGCGAUUGAAUCUGUUUAGUGCGUGGUGAACAAUCGUUAUUGUGCCGUUUGUCGCUGUCAUAAAUCAAAGGAAAAAGAAAACAAGUAAACCUAUUAGCCGUGGGCCAUUAGCCGUGCAUAUGUGAAAUAGGGUAUUCCGGUGUGUGUGUGUGUGUGUGUGUGUGUGUGUGCUAUCCCUCCAUUGAAUAGAUGGAACGCGACUUGAUAAAAGCAGAUUUCUAUAACAAUGGGGCAGUUGUUGUAACUGUGUGUGUGUGUGUGUGUGUGUGUGUGUGUGUGUGUGUGUGUGUGUGUGCGUGUGUGUGUGUGUGUGUGUGUGUGUGUGUGUGUGUGUGUGUGUGUGUGUGCGUGUGUGUGUCUGUCUCACAGAGGCCACCUGAGCCCCGGGGUUUUGGGGCUGCAGCAUACGUGCCGGCCGUCACAUAUAAUCUGACAUGCUUAUUGUAUUAUUCUAUUACCUGCGCCCUGAGUUGGAUUUACACUGGCACCGGGACAACCCUGCAUCACCAUAUUCAAAGUAAUGGCCGCUCUAAGUGUAUUUCAAAGGGGGGAAAUGAUAUUAGCCCGUCAGCUGUGUGGCAGAGCUUAUUGCUCUUUAUUGCCUCCACUUGCAUAAUCCUGACGCCACUGUUCACUUCGUCUGUUGGUGUCGCUUUUUUUUUUGAUUUAGAAGCUGCACACUUUUGUACCUCGUGCACUCUGCGCCGGAUUUGUAACCUGAACAAAGUCCAAUCCCCAAAUAAACCCAGACUUGACCAGGUUCUGUCGACCACGCAUCUUGUGCUUUUCUAAAAAAAAGGGAACUGUCAC